AAUGUUUAUCAAGUGACCUUGAGAUCUUUGAAGGGAUUUAAAUGAUUUCAUGCAAUGAUGGCAGUGAAUUUGAAUUCCUGGUAUCUUCCUAUGUGCUCCAACAAACUAUUGCUACGGCCAAACUUUUCGAGUUGUCGGUUUCAUGUUACGAGUACCCACAUGUUUGAUAGCCAUUAGAGGUUGAAGUGUUAUUUUCCAAUUUUGUUUUCAUUUCUUUAUUAAUUGUUGUUGCGUCCGAUAUUUUUCCAUUUUUAAUAAAAUUGAGCUCGAGAGUUCUUGCAUCUCCUUUCUCCAGUGAAAUUUUAACGUCGGUGACCACAUUACCCGCCACGAUGCCAUAAGUGAAAACAAUCCAAUUUUGAUUAUCAAACACAUUGAAUAAUGUGAAAUUAAAACAAAUUGUUAAUUUCGUUUGAUGAAAUGAAAAUUUUAAUUCGUCAUUUUAUAAAUACGCACUUGGAUCUGAUGUCAAAUUAAAUUUUAAUUCUGAUUAAUUGCACAGUCAAAUUGAGCUUAGUAAAUGCAAUUUAAAGUUAAGCUAAAUCUCGUUUGGUGAAUUCGUCCCUCAUAAUUAGUGUUUCACAAUAUCGACAACAAGUAUUUGUUGAUUUUAAGUGUUACAUUUAAUUAUCGACUUAAUUAAACAACUAAUGUGAUGGUCAUAAAACUAAUACAAGUUUAAUUAAAUUUUCAUUCACGAUUAAAAGAGAAAUUAUUGAUUUGGAAUUUACUUAAUUAUAUUCGUUAAACAUUUAUAUUGUUUUGUAGAUAUUUAGUACAUUUGUUAAAUUACCAUUUCUACAAAAGAUUUUCACAGUUACAAGUUUUUGAAAAAAAUAUCGAGAUAAUUUUUUCACCAAUUCUUAAAAAUCUAAUCAGUUUGAUAUCAUCAUGGUUUUGUUACCAUACAACUCUCUGGUUAUAUCUGGUUUAUCUGGUCGCUACCCUGAGUCUCGAUCUUUGGAAGAGUUUUGGUCUAAUUUGGUGAAUGGACAUGAUGUCGCUACUAUUGAUGACCGAAGAUGGCCAACCACGAUACUUAAUGUACCUAAAAGGUUAGCGAAGGUUCCAAAUAUUGACCUUUUUGAUGCAGAAUUUUUCAAACUACCUCCGGUAACUGUAUCGGAAAUUAUUCCAACAAUUCGUGUUAUGCAUGAAGUUAUAUACGAAAUGUUCAUUGAUGCUGGUUUCGCUCCUGAUAGUUGGCUUGGUUCAAAAACAGGUAUUUUCGCUGGUGUUAGUGAGCGGCUUAUUGUACACAUUGAUGGGGCCCCAAUUUUAUUAGGUUGCCCUGAGAGCAUAAAUUGGCUGAGUUAUGUGUUUGACUUCAAGGGUCCAGUCCUUGAGGUGGACACUGCAUGUGCUGCUGGUGCUUCAGCUUUCGAUAUUGCAACAAGAAGCAUAUUGAAUGGUGAUUGUGACCAAGCGAUUGUUUUGGGUCAUAACCACUGCUUUUUCCCUUUUAUCGCUCAAUGUUUCAAUGAAUUUGGAAUGACCAGUAGUGAUGGUAAAUCAAAAUGCUUAGAUGCAAGUGCCAAUGGUUACCUUAGAUCUGAGAAUAUAGUUGCGGUUUUAAUCCAACGUAAAUUUCAUGCUAAAAGAAUAUAUGCAGAAUUUUUAAAUCUGCAAGUGAAUUGCGAUGGUUUCACGAAAGAAGGUAUCACCUUUCCACGGCUUGAAGGUCAAAUAGACCUUUUUAAACGAUUGUUUAAAGAUAUUCACUUAGAUCCUACAGACAUUGAUUAUGUUGAAGGCCAUAUAACAGGUACUAAGGCUGGAGAUCCAGUUGAAUGUAAAUCGCUAAUGGAAUCAAUGAGACCCAAUUCAGACAAACCUCUACUUCUUGGUUGCCUAAAAUCGAAUAUUGGUCAUGCUGAAGGUUCUGCCGUUCUAAAUGCGAUCUCGAAAGUCAUUAAGAUUUUCCAAACUGGAGUAAUUCCUGCUAAUUUACAUUUCAAGGAACCAAAUCCAAAUAUCGAUGGACUAAUUAAAGGAGUAAUCAAACCAAUUCUGGAAAAUACAAGAUUCAAUGGAGAUCAUAUUAUGGUAAAUGCGUUCGGCUUCGGUGGAGUUAACACUUCUAUUAUUUUACGGGCAAAUUCUAAAAGAACGGAGAAUAUUGACCUUAUUUUAACCUCUAAUAGAAUACCUCGUUUGGUGAACUUUAAUAACCGAACUUAUGAAGGGUUGGAAGCUAUUGUUAAAUUUGCCACCGAUCAAAAAGGAUCAUUAACGAAAUACACUUUGGCGCUUUUGGACAAUAUGAGUAAGAUCAGCUCAUCGAGGGGAUUCAAUCACCGUGGAUAUUUACUGUUGGACGAUGAACAAACAAUAACUCAUCAUACAUUAAAACGAAAUGUAACAACGGACGAAAUGUCCAUUUGGUUCAUUUUCUCUCCAAUUUUUAAUGUCUCUUCAGAAUCAUUUAUUCAACUGUUGGAAGUUCCUUUGAUCUAUUCAAGAAUAAGAUUAAUACAAUCGAACUCUUUGCGUUCAUUGGGAAUUGAUGUUAUCAAAAUUAUCGAAUCGAAUCAACAGGAUUUAGUUUCCUUCUUAAUUUCGUCAAUUGCAAUUCAAAUUGCUCUUUAUGAUCUAUUAGCUAAACAUUUGAAAAUUAAACCCAAAGGUAUAAUUGGUCAUUCGAUUGGUUUAAUUGCUGCUUCUUAUGCUGAUGGAUGUAUAACUGAUGUAGAUGCUCUGUUAAUCGGUUAUCAUAUUGGUGUCGCUUGUAAACAAUUUAAAGGAAAAGGAGCAAUGGCUUAUGUUAAUUUACCAUGGAGACAAAUCAAAGAGAUGAAUUUUGGUGGUAUUGAAAUAGCUUCAAAUGAAUCUGAAGAUUGGACAUUGGUCACUGGUAUCGAGGAUGCGAUUAAAAAGUUCAUCUCAUCAAUUGGACCUAAUGUUAAGACAAAUAUAAUUGAUACUAAAGGUAUUCCUUUUAAUUCAUCUCUUCUUGCAAAUGUAUUGCAAUCGAUUAAGUUUGAAAUUGACAAGUUUCUCUGGCCAUUGGAAAUCUCGUCGAGAUUGACUGCUUGUGAUGAUAAAGAAUUUUACAAUUUGAAUCUGAACGGAGAUCGUAUCGUUGACGGGCGAUUUUUCUCUGCCUGUGUAACAUCACCAUGUAAUCUGAGUGAUACACUUGAAAAACUUGAAUCAAAUUCUGUACUCAUCGGAAUUGGCUCAUACUUUGAGACGUUAAAACCAUCAAUCUUCUUACUUAACAAUCAAGAAAAGUUAGUAACUGUAAAUAACUAUGAACAACCAAUUCUAAGCCUUUAUAAAGCAAUUGGUCAAUUGUAUCUUUUUGGUUUUAAUCCAGUGAUUGAAUCACUUUAUGAUCAAAUUGAAUAUCCAGUUCCAAGAGAAACUCAGCCAAUUGGUCAUCUAAUCGCAUGGAAACAUGAAAAGAAAUGGUAUGAUGGUAAAUACGACAAAAACUCAAAGAAAAUAACUCAUCUAACGAAAAGUAUCGAUAUUCUUGAUCCAAAUUGGUUAUUUUUGAAUGGUCACCAGGUAGAUGGCCGAAUAUUAUUUCCAGCAACAGGUUAUCUUCAUAUAGCUUGGCAAAUGAUUUGUGCAAUUCUUGAUAUGAAGCCUGAUGAGAAUCCAAUAGAAUUUUAUCAAGUUCAAAUUCAUCGAGCAACACAAUUUACGUCAGGUUCAAAUGAAGUUAAGUUCGUAAUUAAGGUUAAUGAAGAUCUUGAAAAUUUCCUCAUCUACUUGAACGAGAGUAAAAAUGUUUGUAUAACUGGAAAGUUUCGUCUUGUUGAUAAACCAACAAUAGGAUUUCUACCUGUUGAUUAUAAGAAUAUCAAAGAAAACACAGAGAUAAUUCUUCAAAAGAAUGAUAUUUACAAGGAAUUCAGAACUCGAGGCUACGAUUAUUCAAGAUCAUUCCAAGGUAUUGAAGAAGCUUCUUCCAAUGGAGAUUGGGGUAUGGUCAAAGACACUGGACAUUGGAUUAGCUUUUCUGAUGCUUGUUUACAGGUUUCGUUAUUGGCUUCGAAAUCCCGUAAGCUGAUUGUUCCUGUUUACAUUGAUUAUGUUUACAUGUUUCCACCAGAAACAUUCAGUGCCUUCAGCGAUGAAACAGUUACAUCAGGUUCUGAUUCUACUAAAAGGAUUGGUGUUUAUUUCAAUCAAGAAACGGGAAUAGGAUCCACGAAUGGAUUCAUUCUGAAAGGUUUAGUUGGUGAAGCAAUUAAAAGAAAGGUGAACAUUGCUAAUCAUCAAAUUAGAAAUUUUCAUCAUAUUCCAUUUACUUCUAAUCAUAACUUGAUGGCAGAAGAAAUUAACAGACAACAUGAAUACAGUUCUCAGUGUAUGCAGUUGAUUGAAACUUUAGAAAGACUGAAACUCAAACAAUCCGAUAUUAUUGUUGAUCAUGACGAUGAACAUGGAUCAAAGUUCAGUGAUGGCUCUGAAGAUUCUUCUAAAAUCUUGAAACUUAUACUUAAAGAAACUAUCGAAAUGCUGAAAUCUCAACGAGCUGACGACGCUGUUGGUGAUUUGGACAUUGAUAUAACUUUGAAUCAGAUUUAUGACAAAUAUUCAGAGACUCUAAUGAAUGAUAAUCUUUUUCAUGAACCGGAAACUCUUUUAUUUGACCAAAUAACUAACAUCGUCAAAAGUAAUUCGAUUAAAAAUUCAAUCGCUAUUAUAUUCUACAAUUUCCAUGAUCAGUCAACUGGCUAUCGCGUAGAAAACUUCUUCAAUCAUUAUGGAUUCAUGACUUCGAGUUCAUACCGUAGAUCCGAUUCAGAGAAAGCAAAAUUGUCAGAUUUUUUAAUUGUUCGUGACAAGUCAACUUAUCUCAUGUACAAAGAUACCGAACCUGAGGUAAAAUGCAAUCAAUACGACCCAUUGUUGAAGAAUCUAUUUGAUUCACUGAAAGAAGGUGGAUUUUGUCAAAUUAUGACGAGAACUAAAUUAAGACCAGUUGAACAAGAAUGGAAACAGUUGAUUGGAAAUAAUCAACAGAUCAACUUUGAUUUAUCAACAUUAAAAAGUAUCGCAACCGAUGCUGGAUUCACUUGGAUAUGUCACAAGGAGAUGGUCGAUGAAGGAUAUUGUUCAGUUCUACUGAGACGUCCAUUCGCACCUAAUCCAGAUCAACAGGUAACAUUUAUCAGAGUGAAACUUGAUAAUAAUUAUGAUUGGAUUGAUAAGAUAAAAGAAUUGUCUAAAGAUAAGAAUCAUAAAAUCUGGUUAACUGGAGGUGGUUAUGAUAAUGGGUUAAUCGGCCUAAUCAUGUGUCUAUUCAAAGAUCCUCAAUAUAAUAAAGGUGAUCUCUCAAGUUUACGAUGGUUUCAAUCACAUCAUAGCAAUUGGACCCAUAUUCCUAAGGAUAAGCUCAUCGAAGAUCAUGAAAAGAUAAAAAUCUAUUAUGGGUCUUUGAAUUUCCGUGAUAUUCUCGUUGCAACUGGACGAGUUCCUCUCCGUUCAUAUCCCCUUUAUGAUAGUGAUCACUAUGAGCCAACGAUUGGUAUUGAGUUUUCAGGUAUCAAUUCAUCUGGUGAACGAGUUAUGGGUAUUUGUAGUUCUAGUGGAUUAGCAACUUCAUCGAUAAUCCAAUCAAAUUCAUCUCGUAUCCUUGUUCCAGAAAAUUGGACAUUAGCCGAAGCUGCAACAGUUCCUGUUGUCUAUUUAACAGCUUAUUAUGGUUUAAUUUCUAGAGGAAAUUUACGCUCUGGUGAAAGUGUUUUAAUUCAUGCAGGUUCAGGAGGAGUUGGUCAAGCAGCUAUUUCGAUAUGUCUAUCAAGAGGCUGUCAAGUAUUUACUACAGUUGGAACACAAGAGAAAAAGGACUUCAUUAAGAAACGUUUUCCUUCAAUCGAUGAGGAUCAUAUUGGUGAUUCUCGAUCGACAUCAUUUGAAGAUAUGAUUAUGAAGAUGACCGAUGGUCGAGGUGUUGAUUUGGUUUUAAACUCACUUUCUGAUGAUAAACUAAAAGCUUCAAUCAGAUGCUUAUCAGAUUUCGGUCGCUUCAUCGAAAUUGGCAAAUAUGAUAUGAUCCAAAACACGAAAAUGGAUUCACAAUUCAUAGAUUUCAACAAAACGUUUCAUGCUUGUUGCUUGGCAUUUCUGCAAGAUGAUGUGUUCGUCAAGAUGAUUCCUGGUCGGAUAAAAGUUUGGAAUAACCUCAUUGAGAUGUUGAAAAAGGAAUCGAAUCAGGUGAAGUUGUACCUUUACCGACAACAAUAUUCCAAAUACGGACUUUUCGAGAAUCAAACAGCUGAGACAUUCGAUGAAGCUGUCAAACCAAAAGCGAUCGCAUGUCGUUAUUUGGAUCAACUAACUCGAUCUUUAUCCUACGAUAUCGAUUAUUUCGUAUGUUUCUCAUCAACAGCAGUUGAGGUUAAAAGUAUUGUCCAGGCCAAUUAUUGUUUCGGUAAUACGGCGAUGGAAAAUAUUUGCAGGAAGAGAAGAUUAGAUGGACUACAUGGUUUGGCUAUUCGAUGGGGAGCAGUUGGUGAUGUUGGUACAAUUGUCGAAAAGAAAGUGCGUUCGAAUGCGAUAGUAAAAUAUCUUGAGCCAAUUCGCUUGAAUUUAGCAUUUGAAUCGCUCGAUAAGACGUUAUGUUCAUCAGCUGAUGAUUAUCUUUUCACCAUAGUUUCAUUUUCUGAUAACAAGAAUAUAACUUUAUUAGGAAGUGAAACUUCAUUGAAACAGAAAAUUUUUCAUAUUCUUGGUAUAAAAGAUUCAACCAAAGUCGAUCCUCAAUCAAGUUUGUUUGAACUUGGUCUUGAUUCAUUGAUGGCAGUUGAGAUUAAACAAGCUCUUGAUACCGAUUACGAUUAUUCAUUAACAACUCAGGAAAUUAGAGACUUGAAAGUUUGCAAAUUGAAUGAACUUGAAAAGAAAUUGAAAAAAUCAGAGAAGAAAAAAAUUAACUCUCCUGGAUCAUUACCUGAGUAUAAAAAUAUUCUCAUGGUUCCUCAGCAUUUGUUUAUCCCAUUGAAUCACAAUGGAUUUGGAGCACCAUAUUUUUACUUCCCUGAUUUAUCAGGUCAAUUCAAUGUGAUAUCUCCGGUGUUUGAAUCACUAUCGAAGCCGGUGAUUGGCAUCAGCUGGACCAAAGAUUGUCAGAGCCUCGACUCGAUUGACGAUAUUGUCAAUUUCUAUGCAGAUUCAUUGAUGAACAAAUAUCCCGAUGAAAAGACAUUCAAUCUAAUUGGUUACUCACUUGGUGGUGUAUUAGCCCUUAAAGUGGCCAUUGUUUUACAGCAGAAAUUGGGUCAAAACUUUUGUCAGAAUCUCAUCAUGAUGGAUUCAACCCCCGAAAUUAUUCACAACAAGAUAGAAAAUGUUUAUAAAAAGUACGAGGAAAGAUGAAAGUACAAUAUUCACAUAUUGGACAAUGGAUUGUCUAUCUCAGUACAUUAAUAUCGAUGAAAAAGUCGAAGUUGAAUCGAAACUAUUGGAACUUAAAACGAAACAAGAAAAAUUGGAAUUUUCGACUUCGUUUAUCAAUCGAUUAUCAUCCACUGAAUUUGAUGUCAAUCAUAUAAGUGAAGCGAUUGACCUUUUCACGGAUAAAAUACUGAAAACAAGAACUUUAAUUGUUGAUGGAAAGUUCAAUGGUGAUAUUGUUCUGAUUCGAGCCACAGAUUCGGAUGAAAGCAAUUCUGAUUAUCGACACUUAAAAGACUAUGGACUGUCCAAAUAUACAAAUGGAUCUAUUGAGGUAUUGAAAUUGAAUGGAAAUCAUGACAAUUUCAUCCUGAAUAAUCAACAACAAAUCACUAAUCAUUUUGAAGAAAACAUUCAAAAGAAUCGUUGGUAACGAUUAACGAUCCUGGUUUCCAAUUGUUUCCAAUGCUGAUUUUUAAUUUUCUCGUGAUCACAAAUCGUUUAAAUCAAUUAACUUAAUCUCUGGUCAAGGUUUUGCUUAGUUACUUAGUUAAUCAUUUUUCUUAUUUUUAGAUUUAAUUGCAAAUCAAGUGGAGCAAUUAACUUAAGCUAUUUUAUUAAUAGUUUUAUCAUCGUUUUGGUUUGUUAAUAGUUAAUCAUACAGCAAUAUUGAUGAUGGUGGUGAACAAUUAAACAACAAUAAGUUACUUACUUAUCUAAUUGUUACAAGAAAACGAUUGUAAUUAGUGGGUUUACAUUUUAUUUUAUCCUUGAUUAGGUGGAAAAAAAAUACUUGAUUGUUAUUGUAUUAUUUUUUUGUGCUUUAAUUGACUUUCACCAUCAUUCAAUUGCUUGAUUAGUUUAAUCACCAGACUUGUAAUUGAUUGAUACCAAUCAAAAUAGAAUCAUAUUAAUCUGAUUAGAAUGAGCAAAUAAAAAAAUUAACAACAACAAAUUGUAACAUUGACACAAUACAAUUAAUGAGUUUGUUGUUUUUGAUUACGUGACAGUCAUCAAGUUUCACUUUAUAUUCACCUUGAUCUUAAUUGUUAAUCAAUAAUAAAAUUCAAUUUGUUUAAUUCAUUUUAGAAUAAAAAAAAAAUUAUUUCCAAUUUUCUCUUCUUGAACUUGAAUUUUCGCGCUUCAUUUCUUGUGGAUUUUGUUUUGAUGUUUUGAUCCUUUUGUUUACAAUUUGGGUUCCAUUUGAUUUCGAGACUUAUUAAUAUUAUCGCUUUUAUUAAAUUGUUUCUUUUAAUUAGUGAAUCAUCAGUAAUUCUCUCGUGACUAAUUAAUUUGCGAAUUGGGUAAGUAUCUUGUUUCAUUUCCAUUCGAAUUGAUUUUAUAACAAUUUGUUUGGCUCAUAAUUGAUUCUCAUUUGGUAUAUUCACUUUGGUGUUUUCUUGGCUUCUAAUUACAAACAGUUAUUAAGGUUGAUUAAGAGGAUAAGAUAAGAGUUAAUGUUUACAAUUUGAUUGUUUUCGAUGAGAACGAGAUGAGGUAAUCAAUUGAUUGUUUUUUACUUAGCAAAUUGAUUUCUAAUGUGUUUAUGUGAUUUUGUGUUGUAGUAAGCAAAAAGAAAACACAUCAGAUGUUGGGGAGAAAAACAAUAAUCAAGAGAGAUUUUUUUUCAAUUUAAUUAGAGUUUAAUUGCUAAAAGGAUUGUGAAAAUGAUUAAAUUGUUGUAGAAGAUGAUUGACCCAAGAAAAUGAUGAAUAGAAACUAAAAGGUAGACAGAGAGAAAGAAUCAUUUUUCCCCUUUUUCCUUCAACUUUCGAUUCUUUGUUCAUCUUGUCUCUUUCUCAUUAUCUCUCUCUCAAUUUGUCAUCAUGUUGUUGUUUUUGUUAUUAUCAAUUCUCACUUGAAAUCUCGUGAUGAGGAAAAUGAGAGAGAGAGAAAUAAAGUAGCUCACCAGUGAGCUAUGAGAGUGAGAGUGAGAGUGGAAGAGGGGAGAGAAUAUAAAACUAUCACCAUCUCUCUCUCUCUCUCCAUUAACUCAAGUGUAUAAAUAGAAAGAAAGAAAAAUCUAUCAAUUCAAUUUGUUCUUUUGGUGUUUUUUAUCUGUAUAACCAGAAUUUCCUCUUUCUCUGUUCAAUUUCUCAUAAUAUUCACCUCAUCUUCUCAAUCUUCCAUCUUCUUAUCCUCCAGUAUAUUUUCUCUUGUGUUUAUUAAUCUCUUUGUGCUUUUACAUUUUCUGUUCUUUCUCUCUCUUUUUUCUCUCUUUUUCUCUUUCCAAGGUCUUCCAUUUACUUUUCUUCUCUCAUCUGGUUCAAGUCAUGAAUUCCAAUACUGAUAUGGUUGACAAAUAUGAUCGAUACAAUUUCGACUACGACAAGAAAC